AUGGCGUCCGUUGGCUCCAUGGAAGAGGCUGCGAGGAAAAGAAAGGAAAGACUUCGAGCUUUGAGAGCAAAACAGAACCAGCCUGGCGAAAAUGCUGUAGAAAUCGAAGAAAAAGAGGCUCUGCCAAAACCUGUUUUCAGAAGCUAUAAACCUCAAGAUGAAAGCUUAAAGGAGCAGUCAAUACCAGUAGCUAAGCCAGCAGAUGUUGCAGAGAAAAUUCAAUCACAGUUGGAGGCAUCAACAACAAAGGAAGUUGUUGAAGAAGUGGAUAUAAUGAAUUUGGCACCAAGAAAACCUGAUUGGGAUUUGAAGCGUGAUGUAGCGAAGAAAUUGGAAAAGUUGGAAAAGAGAACUCAGAGAGCUAUAGCAGAACUUAUACGAGAAAGAUUGAAAUCAAGUAAUGAAGAUCUGGCUGCUGUGGUCAAUGCAGCCAUGACACAGAAUGUCCAGGAGGAGGAUUGAUCUGCAAAAUAGUCAGCUUGAAGAUAUUCUAAGGAGUAUGAUAUGCCUAAAUACAAAGGACACAAAUCUAUAAGACAAAAUUGUUACUUGUGUAUUUGUAAUUCAAUAACAGAUGGCAUAUUACUGAAAUUAGCAGGAAUGAAAGUUUGCGAAAAUAAUUUACAUAUGAACAACACUGCACGUUUGUUAAGAUUUUACAUCAAUUUGUUGAAUGUGUGGAUGAACAUUCCCAUCAAGAACUCGGGCCUUGUGACAUUUAGAUUAAAGGUGAUAUUAUAAUGAGCUGUUAUCUGCAACAUCCAAUGAAACUGAGGUACUUUCAGCAAAUGUUCUAUCAUUAAUAUUCUUUACGUGCAGAUUGAUGUGUUGUUGUAGUAAUCAGUGCUGAAUGUAACAGGUAUCAACUGACAUUUUCUGAUUCCUAUUCAUUACAUUGUCCCUCAAAACUUGCUCCUGUACAUUUUGUACUGUGUAAUUAUAAUCUAAUGUGUAAAUUUAUUAUACUUCAUAAGCAUAAUUACGAUCUAUAUAUUGACAAAACAUUUUUGUACAAUUUCAGGAAUUCUCAAAUUAUAUCAUCUGUUGGAUUUCAGGGAUUUCAUUAUGUCUAAAAAAAACAAGGUGUGUUAUUAUACAUGUAUAUAUUACACAAUAUAGGCAGUUGGGUUCAUGAAAUAUGGCCAUGUUGUGUGCAUUAUAUACUAAAGAUGUAGUGUGUUUGAAAUUGUAUGUGUGAUGUGCCUGUAUGAUAAUGAAGUGUAUGUAAUGUUAGAUAUGUUUGUGUGUUUGUGAUGUGUGGUAUAAUGGGUUUGAUAGGGGAACAGAGAGAUCAGUAUGAGUGGUGGAUCAGUUCCAUAAGAUAACUAAUGGCAGCAAAAACUGGAUUUUAGGAGUUUGUGACAUUAUGAUAAUUAGAAAAUGUUUGAAUGGUACAUGUAUAGAUAAAAGGAUGGCAGAGAAUCUUGUGAGAGUGUGUUAACUUAAAGAAACAAUGUCUUAAGUAAUGUUUUGUUUUAUUCAACUGAAGCUAUUUCUUUAA